CGACCACCCAUCAUCGCUGGUUCAGAACGAGAUGGCACCUCAAGUCGAAUACCGCCGUCUGGGCAAGUCGGGCCUGCGCGUGUCUGUCCCGAUCCUGGGUGCAAUGAGCUUCGGCUCAGACAAGUGGGAUGCGGCGCCUUGGGUCAUCAACGAGGACCAGGCUCUUCCACUCCUCAAGGGCGCAUAUGACCUGGGUAUCACCACUUGGGAUACGUCGAACAACUACUCGAAUGGUGAGAGCGAAAGGAUCAUCGGGAAGGCUAUCAAGCAUUAUAACAUUCCCCGGUCUAAGCUAGUCAUCAUGUCCAAAUGCUUUAACUUGGUCGCAGAGGACAUGGACGGCUCCGUUCGCACGGCAUGGCGUCCCGAGCUGAAGAACCAGGCGAAGUACGUCAACCAAUCUGGUCUGUCACGCACGGCCAUCUUCAACCAGGUCGAAGGCUCCCUCAAGCGCCUUCAGAUGGACUAUAUCGACGUGCUGCAGAUUCAUCGGUAUGACCCUAAUACGACGUUUGAAGAGACUAUGGAGGCGCUGCAUGAUAUUGUAAAGAGUGGGAAAGUGAGAUAUAUUGGGGCGAGCAGCAUGUGGACGUGGCAGUUCCAACAAUACAACCAGGUUGCGGAGAAGCACGGCUGGACACAGUUCAUCUCUAUGCAAGGUCACUACUCUCUCCUCUACCGAGAGGAAGAGCGCGAAAUGAACAAAUACUGCGAAUACCACGGCAUCGGGCUUAUUCCUUGGGGCCCGCUCGCAGCCGGACAACUCGCCAAGCCCGUCUCUGCGACCUCUCUGCGCGUUUCGUCCGCCGUAGGCACACCGUUCGAGAUGAAGAAGUCUGAUGCGGAUAAGGAGAUCAUCAACCGUGUCGAGGAGCUGGCGAAGAAGAAGGGAUGGCUCAUGGCUCAGGUUGCGAUUGCCUGGAUCAACACGAAGGUGUCGAGCCCGAUCAUUGGAUUCAGUUCUGUCCAGCGUAUCGAAGAGGCUAUUAUUCCAAACAAGACACUGACGGAUGAAGAAAUCAAAUAUCUUGAAGAACCAUACAAGGUUAAGUCGAUCAGUGGCCACGCCUAGUGAUACCAGAGCCGCAGCACUUUUGCAAAGCAGAUGAGACUAUGAACCUUACAUUCAACGAUAUUAGAUGGCGACGUUGGAUUUGAUGUCAA